AGGAGCUAGUAGCUCGUUGAUGUACGUGAGAGAGAAACCUGAUGGCAACCAUUGUAUCAAAGAGCAGGGUGGAGGCCCAGUCCAUGGAUCAGUUGAGCUCCCUCUCUCAGAUAUCGGCCAAUCUGAAUGCAGCACACCAGCUGCACUCUAUCCUGGACAAGGAUGCAGAGGCAAAGCUGAGUUUUGAGGACGAUAUCCCAGUCCUGGACCAGCAGCCAGAUCUCAACGACAUCCUGAAUGAGGAUAUGAGCUCCGCCCCCACCCUGGACGAGCUAGGCAUCUCUGAACUGGUGGAGGGGGAACAAGACAGCCUCACCGCAAGCUUCCAGCCUCAGGAACAGAUUACCCAGGUGGCCUCUAGCUCUGACAGCAUGGAGGGUGCCAUACUGAGGCAGACUGUGCUGAAAGGGAUAGCCAACCAGCUGUCUCAAGCCACGACUCACAGUGAAGCUGGCCUCCCCACCACCCUGGCUGCGAAUGGCAAGUACUACGCUGUGGGUACCUCUCAUGGACUAGUUCUCGUGUUUGACUCUCAGGAACAGCUCAAGUGUGUGUUGAGUCCAUACACUAGAGGAGCCAAUGUGGACAUGGGUGCGUUUGGGGCGGUGUCAACGCUGGACCUCAGCGCUGAUGGUACCAGGAUGUUAGUCGGACACUCAAAGGGACUGAUCACACACUGGGACGUGACCACAAACAAGUGUCUGCGGUUCAUGGAAGACCUCCACCCUCCUGGGUUCGGGGUACUCAACGUGAAGUUCACUGAUGAUCCGAACUUGGUGCUCUUCAGCAACACAGGUGGUAACAUCUUCAUGAUUAAAUUCAAACGUGCAUUAGUGAGGUCAUGGGUCGCUGAGUGCAUCUUCUCAGGAUGUCACGGUGAGGCCUUGACCUUUGAACCCCUUCUCCUGGAAAAUCGAGAGGAGUCUCCUUUGAGAGACUGUUCUAUUGCUGCCAUAGCAACAGUGACCCAGGUUCUUAUUCUCUCUCUAGCCCCGGAGCUGAAAGGCCUCAUCUCUUUACCUCUGAGAGGCAAGCCGCAUUGCCUGCCACAGCUGGCCUGGCAUCAUGUGGUCAUAGAGCAUCGUUCCUCCACAACCAAGAAGAAGUACACCACCGUUGACCCUGUCCUUGCUGCUGCAAAAGGGAACAAGAUAAACUACAUUCAGUACUUCAACAGCAAAACUGGACCAAACUUUCGACUACUUAGGAAACUCGAAGUCAGUUUUGAGAUUGCUAGUUUCAGGUGGAUUAAUGCGUACACUGUGGUUGCCAUGGAUACAACAGAGAGAAUCCACCUGCUCAGCGUGAAGACAGACAGUGAGAUUGAGGUGCUGGAUCUGAAACAGGUGGAGUUGGUGUACAGCUCGAGCUUUUUCAAGUCCAUAGAGACAGGUGGCAAUGUCAGCCGAGCACUGAUGGUGGCCAGUGAGCACGCCUGCUACUCCUCCGUGCUGAGCUACCAGAGCAAACUACUCUUACUGGGGCUCAAGGCAGUACACGUUGUCACUAUCAAGACAUGGAAAGAGCGUCUUGGUCGCCUAGUGAGGGAGGGUCGGUUUGUGGAGGCCCUGCAGCUGGGGCUAGAGUUGUACGAGGGAAAGGCACAUGCUGUUGUUGGGCUUUCCGGUAGUCCUAAAAAAAAGAGGGAGCAAGUAGCAGAGCAGGUGAUUGAUAUCCUCCAGGCGUACAUGGACAUUGGGGUCAUGAUGCAGAAACCCAGCUCCUCUAACGAGAGACAGCUGCGACUCCACUACAAGACCUUGGUGCAGUGGGCAUUCGAUGCUUGUCUAAGAAUCAACAGGAGUGACUUACUGUUUGGUGGUAUCUACGACACGUUUAGUAGCGAGGACAAUCUGAGCAAGGCUGUGUUUCUGGAGCAGUUAUCUCGCUAUAUCAAAGACGACAAGAUACGCUCAGUCAGAACGGUCGUUUCCAAGGAUUUCAUUGAGCACUACUCUCAGCGCGGGGAAUACGAGCUGUUGGAGACAUGCAUCUUGCAGCUGAACCCACAGUGCCUGGACAUUCACCAGGUGAUUGAGAUGUGUUGGUCCCAGCAGCUGUUUGACGCCAUGAUCCACGUCUAUAAUGCCGGGCUGGAUGACUACAGUACACCACUGAUAGAGCUCCUGCUUCAGUUAAGAGCCGCUCUCAAGAAAGGCAAACCCCUAACAGAUGGCUACCUCAAGAUUGGCUACAAGCUACUGGUAUACAUCAGGUGCACUCUGGCUGGACUGGCCUACCCCAAGGGAACCAUCUCACCUGACAAUGUACUCAGAGCCAAGCAAGCAGUACUAGAGAUUCUCCUGAACUCCUCCAACGUGCACAACCCUACCGACAAGGCCAGCUACCCUCACAUCAGAACACUGCUCAACUUUGACACGCGAGAGUUCCUCAACGUCAUUGCUCUUGCUUUUGAAGAGCAGGAUUUCGACAGCACAGACUCGGAAGCUCUGGGUAUCCCCAGUAGACAGGCAGUGGUGGACAUACUGCUCAUUGUGAUGGUGCACGACAAACACAGCACCUUUUCACCGUCGCAGGUGGGGUCCUUGUUUACUUUCCUGGCUCGGCAGGGUGCAAAGUACAGAGCUGGUAUUCGAGUGGACGAACACGUCUAUGAUCAGGUGCUCAACUACAUCACUCAUGCUGACGAAGACCUCGUUAAUGAGGAGAGAGAACAGGCACUGCUGGAGCUAUGGAAUGCUGGGGUCCUCAAGAAGUUUGACGAGGAGAAGCUUCUAGUGAAAGCUGAGAGUGCAAGAUUCUAUCGUUUGUGUGAGCUACUGUACGAGAAGAAGCGACAGUUUGGGAAAGUGCUCUCUUGUUAUCUUAGAGACAAGCAUCGAAUACAACAAUCGUUUGCCUACAUUCACGCUGUGAUGAACGAGGACCAGUACACAGAACCAGACAGAGAGGAACUCACUCGAGCGGUACUAGCGAGUAUCCAUCUGCUCGUAGACACGGACGUACGAGGAACUGCACGUCUUGUUCUCCUCGACUUUCCACUGGAGUUGGCCGAGGUCUCCUACAAGCUACAACCUGAUGCAGCCAUGCAAUUCAACUUCUUACAGGGGAUUUUUGACCCUAAGUCUCAGUCGAAGCAAGAGAUAGCCCCUCCCUCUCACGUGGUGGAGCGUUACCUGGAGCUGCUCUGUCGCUACCAGCCUGAGGCCGUCUACACAUUCCUCAAGGCCAACGACAACUACAGACUGGAGGAGGCACUCGAGGUGUGCUCUAAAGCUCGUAUCCUAGACGCCACCUCGUAUCUCUUGGAGAGAAGUGGCGACAUCAUGGGAGCUUUCAAACUCAUCCUAGAGACAUUCUCCACGGAGCUUGAAUCCACGAGCACGGCGCUCUGCUUUGAGGAGGAGAUGGACGGAGAGAUGACACGACGACUGGACAGGGUGGAGGGUAUACUGGCCGCACUCCUCCAGUUCUGUCAGAGGAACUCCACCAAGCUCGAGGAGAGGGCGGGGCAGGUUAUGUGGUUCCCCACUUUCGAUAAGAUACGAAACCUCCAGAAAACUUACGAGCAGUCGCCCAAUCACAAGCUGAACGAGAUGUACAAGUCGAUGAUCAGCAACCUCUUGAACAGCAUGCUGGGCCACAUUGACCUCAGGGACAUACUACAGAAGAUCAUGGAGGAUGGGAGCUUCCAGUUCAAGGACAUCAAGCAGCUUGUUAUGGGAAUGUUGGACAGCUACAACUACGAAGAGACUCUCCUGAAGACUACUAACCACAUCCUAAUCCACGAUGUACGAGGCUCAAUGUCAAACCUUCGGACUCUCGUACAGAGGGGAGUUUCCCCUCACACACGACUGUGUGUCAUUUGCACGAGGAGCGCAGAGUCACUUGCUGAUGGCACCAAAGACGAUGUCAUCGUGUUUAGUUGUGGGCACCUGUAUCAUGCCUCCUGCAUUGGCAUCACUGACCACGGAGGGCAAAGUUCAAACAUGUCCUGUGUAGUGUGUAACAAGACCUCCACCCCACACCUCACGUCAGCCAGGACCCAGCUACAGGGCUCUGGGAGCUCAAGUUCAGGCGGACACAAGAAAAUUAGAGAAGAGAUUGUGUUGGAACCAGCUCAGCAAGCAAAUCUCAAACACUUCCGAGCAUCGUAUCAUGGCAGACCUGAGACGGAAGCAGCUGUGAGUCUGAGGCUUGCUCCCCCAAAACUAUCAGAUUAAUUAGUCACGGACAACUGAAUAGCAUCGAUUUGUGUCUCUUUUAUUAUAGCUAUUGUCUGUUGAAUUUUACCCUGUUUUUCGCUUUUGAAAGUCAUGAUCUUUUAUCAACCAUUUGCGGCUUGUAA